AUGGUUUGUGCGAGUCUACUUCAAUUGGGUUUGGCUCGGAAUGCGACCGAUGCGCUUCACAUGUACGGAGAAAAACGCACAGAGGAUGGUAAAGGAGUCACUAUCCCCAGUCAGCGUCGUUACGUUCAGUACUACGAUACAUUUUUAUCAAAAAAAUUAACCUAUUCCCGUACCCGGUUGUGGCUCAAUGCAGUCUACGUUCGCGGAGUGCAAUCCCAACCCGGUAUGUUAUCUUUAUCGGUCUGCUCCUCCGUGUUUAUUUCCUUUGUCCUGUUCUAG